CGCACCGUCACUUUGCGUGUCUGGCGUGGCGACGCGCACCCAACUGUGGCGGCCGGUAUAAAACAGAAGCGCCAGAAUAUCACAAAACUUUACUCAAAACAGGAUCAGCGCGCGCCACUUACGAGUCCAAGGGAAGGUGACGAUCCAGGGAAAUGAAUAGAACCAACAGGACCUACAUGACCCAUCCUAUGGUCAUGUCAGGGAUGGGGAUGGGAAUGGGCAUGUCCCCUUUUUUCAAGAUGGUGGUGUUUGAGCAGGAGCACUUCCAGGGCAAGUGCCAGGAGUUCACCUCCGAGUGCUGCAACAUCAAGGACUGCGGCUUUGACAACAUCCGUUCCAUUAGAGUGGAGUGUGGCGCCUGGGUGGGUUAUGAGCACAUCGACAUGGAGGGCCAGCAGUUCAUCCUGGAGCGUGGCGAGUACCCCCACUGGGACGCCUACAGUGGCAACCUGUCCUACCAUGUGGAGAGGAUGAUGUCUUUUCGCCCCAUCUACUGUGCUGCUCACCAGAGCAGUCGCAUGAUGAUCUUUGAGAAGGAGAACUUCCUGGGUCGUUGUGUGGAGCUGUGCGAUGACUACCCCUCUCUGCAGGCCAUGGGCUGGUGUGGAACUGAAGUGGGAUCUAUGCACGUGCAGUGCGGCGCCUUUGUGUGCUACGAGUACCCCGGCUACAGGGGUCAGCAGUACAUCAUGGAGUGUGAGAGGCACAGCGGAGACUACCAGCGCUGGAAGAACUGGGGCUCCCACUGCCAGACCCCCAAGAUCCAGUCUAUCCGCAGGAUCCACCACUAAGAGCUGAUGUGGGACUCGGACAACUGGAGUGGCAGAGAGCAAGAGGGAAGGGAAGAAGUAAACAAUAAAAAAUACAUUUGAAACCAAAAAUACAUUUUUUUAACGUGAAACAGAGAUGGGAUAGCGAAAAAAGAUAGAUACAGAAAAACACUAUAGUUGAAUCAUGUGGCAGCCAUAGGAGCAAGGGAGGGGGGGUGUCAGAGUGAUGGUGUCAUCACUCACAUUUGUCACCACCGCAAUCACAGCUCGGCACACAUUUUGGCACACAACACACGUCUCCAGCUGACAAGCAGAGCCUCUGGUCCUCCUCUGUCUACCUCACUCAACACACUCGGACACACCCACACGGGUCCACAGACGCACAUAGGCAGCACACUGAUGACACUCAGUGGAGGGACCGAUGCAGUGAGGCUCCAUGUCUAUGCCAGUUGGGCCACAGUGAGAACAAGUCCACUGAAUCGAGUCAAGAUCCUCCCCACCCUCCCACCUGCAUGUAUGGGUCUGCGAGAGUGUGUGUAUGUGUGUGAGAUAACACAGCUGACCACCCCCAUGUCUGUGUCAGCCUAACACUGCUUGACGCAAGAGUCUGACAGAAGACAGAUGGAUGUGUGUGUGUGUGUGUGCAUGAGGGUGGGAGGAGAGGGGAGAG